ACAUCAAUUGAAUAUAGGCUACCCAAAAUCAAAAUCAAUAUGGCGUCAUUUGUUUAUCAACAUAUCAUUUACGAGGAUUGAAAUCUAAAAAUGCGCUGCUUUAUUCUAACUGCAUGAGCGAUUUUCAUAUUCCGGUUUCACAUGGAGGUGUUCACAUUUAACAUGGAGUUUAAAGUUAGCCACUAUUCGACUAUAUAACCGCACCGAGUUGUAAUCCGCGUUGACGGCAUUGAGUUUGACAUUUCAAAUUAGGGUUGUGAAACGUAAACAAACGCAGUGAGAAAAACUAUAAUUUUUGUUCAAAGUUAUCUUGAGAUUCUAUAGCUUUCUGCAAAAAUGGCAUCCAAUGCGAUAAACUCUUCGAUGAUGGCGGUAAAUUUGCAGCUUGCCGAUAUUUUUCAAUACGUCGGAGGAGGAAGCAGGUUGAUAGUCGAAGGUGAACGGGUGUUUCAAGCUAACCACUUGCUUCUUGUCGGAGUUCAAACCGUGCACGAGGACGGCUUUACCAUAUUUGCGACUUGUUUGAAGUCAUCAUCACCUAGAGCUGAUCCACACAAAAUUUCCAUCCGCACCAGACCUUCCUUUGAAAAGUGGUCUUUUCAGUGUUCGUGCAAAGCUGGAAUGGGAAAAUGCAAACACAUAAUGGCCGUUUAGAAACAUCUUCUAAUGUUCCCUUCAGUUCCAUUGCUUACAGUAACAGAUUUGCAACAAAAGUGGGGUAAAAUUGCAGAAAAAGUUGCUGACGAUAUGUACAAGACAACAUCAUUGACCGCAUUCUGCAAAAAAAUGACGAAUACAAAAGAUACGACUGAAGCUGCCUCGCCGGCGGGUUUGACUCACGAUGAGGGUACCAACAUUCUUCAGCUUUUCGUGAAAGGAUUCCCUGAAAGCGGUCUGGCAUACGAAAAGAAAGGACGAGAAAUGAAAAAUAUUGAUGAAUCUGAUGUUCAAAAAUGAUGAAUCUGAUGUUCUGAAUACACUUCUCGAUAUAGAUGUGCAAAGUCAUUCUACAGAAUCCAUUGAUUCGUUAAUUUCUAUUGAAGAAAAUAUGACUUGCAGUCUACUUAAAUCCUUCCUGAGAAGAUCGUUUCAUCCUGAUAACUUCACGAUGAUCGAUCGUGAAAUAAUGGAAUUUAUAGGUCCGUUAGAAAAGGAUCUGCAACUUCAUUUCGAAAUUAAUGUGAAAGUAUCGGAAUACGAGUCUUUGAAAAUAUGUACAAGAACUAUAGAACAAAGAGUAUCAUCGCAAUGGAAAAAAGAACGAAGCCGGCGCAUCACUUCAUCCAGUGCAUACUCUGUGUAUACAUACUACACAAAUCAACCCGACAAGAACAAAAAUUGGAAAAGUAAAAUCCUGAGUAUGGUGACACCGAAACAUCUUUCAACACCAGCAAUCGUACAUGGGAUCCGAUGCGAAUCAAAAGCCAUAGCAGCAUAUGAGCGAGACUACAGAAAAAACGUUUGGAGUUGUGGUUUCGUAAUACCCCCACAUAUUUCAUGGCUGGGAUGUUCUCCUGACGGAAUUGUUAUAAACGAAGGGAGAAUAAUAGAAAUUAAGUGUCCAAAAGAAGGGGAAAAUAAAUCAUUGAGUGAUUUAAUUGAUUUUCUUCCCUAUUUUACAAGAUUAAAUGUUUUGAAAAAAAAUCAUCAAUAUUACGCACAGUUGCAACUAACUAUGUUCAUAACAAAAUGUAGAGUAGCAGAUUUUAUAAUCUAUUCAGAAUAUGAUGAUAAAUGCUAUGUUCAGAAAGUUCAAUUCGAUCCAGAUUAUGUUAGAACGAUGGUAGCAGUGCUGAAGGAGGUUUAUUUUAAUGUUUUUUUGAAAUAUCUAUAUUCGUCUGUUUAAUAUAUGUAUUCUAAAGUAUUAUUAAUAAAAAAAUUCUAAUUCUAAAA